GAAAGGAGAAAAAAAAGGCUAAUCUAAGUUUGGCAUUUCCAAAUCGAAAUCGAAAUCGAAAUCCACACUGCAGUUCCGUCCUCCCGAAAAAGCGACCGACUUUCUCUCGUAUCCUUAUCCCUUGAUAUCCCCUACUAUUUGUCCUUUUCCACGUCACUCUUGCUUUCCUUUCACACCCAAAAAGGAAAAUAAAUAAAGAAAAUUCUCUCUUUUUCCCUUUAAAAGCAGCUGUCACCAAUCACCGAUGAACAACCGGACCCGACCCAGGCCAACAAUGGAGAUCAAUGGACCUUCACGCUUCCGCCACCCCAAAUCCCCAUCAACCGACCGAUUCCUCGGCGUCUACUCCCACGCGCCUCCGUUCGACCAACCUUCCUCCUCUUCCGCCGCCGCUGAAGAGCUCAAUGAAGACGAUAUCUUCUUCUCCGGCGACUUCUCCGACAACUCUAACGGUUACAACUCCGCUGGCGGCUUCCAAAAUUCCCUUCACCAAAUUUCUCCUUCCUCCAGCCCCCGUAACCAUAAAUCCUUCCCUCACUCCGAAAACUUUGGAAUCCUUGCCGCCAUCCGCGACCCUUCCCGCCCGCACUUCCACUUCUACCAAAAAGCGUCAAUUUCCACGUCAGCAUCAUCUUCCUCCUCUACCACAUCAGUAUCCUCCUCCUCCUCCUCCUCAUCUUCUCGUUUAAUCCCUUCGAUUCCGAAACCGCCGCAAGAACGAAUCCCAAUCGUUUCGUCUUACUCUUCUUCUCUAGGAAGGUUUCAUCAAUCGGCACCGGUUAACGUGCCGAUACUGGCGAAAACGAUGGGGAGAAACCGAGAAUUCGACAACGAUUACGACUUGGACGUGGAGGAAGAACGGGAAAUGUUGCCGCCGCAUGAGAUUGUGGCCAGGAGCUUAGCGCAGUCCCCUAUGUUGGCCUGUUCGGUGCUCGAAGGCGUCGGGAGAACCCUAAAAGGGAGGGAUCUUAGGCAGGUCUUAAACUUGAUAGCAAAACUGAAGUAAGAUGGAUAAUCAACUGAAGCUUUUGAAUUUUCGAGGAUAGAAUCAUAUUUUGCUGUCCAAAUCGCAAGCUAUGUACCGUAAAAACUUUGCUGAAACAGAUACAGGUCCCUUGGCAACCUCUUUGAUGUGUUAAGCACUGAUUGGAAGUCCUGUAGUACUAACUAUGGUGGUGAGCUGCGUAAGAAUGGAUGAUCUACAGGAACUUCUGCUUUUUAGAGGAUAGAAUCAAUUGAUCUUGAAGCUUUUCCAAAGUUUUCCAAAUCCUCAUACUUGCAGUUCCUGUAACUAAGCAAGGUGCUUUCCCAUGCUUCCUUCAGUAUUUCUUUUGAGAAAUUAUCCUUAAUAUAUUGUGAAUUCAAGAUUCUUUUUCA